GUAAACAAUGAGUUUGUCAACCUCCCUUCAUCGCUUGGCCAUCAAGUCACCAUUAACCAGGUUGGUUUCACUGUGAUAGUGCAAACUGAUUUUGGCUUGAGAGUUGUGUAUGAUGCCAGUUACCAUGCAGAGGUCCAUGUACCCUCAAACUAUCAAGGCAGAAUGUGUGGCCUGUGUGGCAACUACAAUGGCAACCCAGCUGAUGACUUCUUGUUGCCCAAUGGGACCCAAAGCUCCAGUGUAGAUGCGUUCGGACAGGCAUGGGCAUUGCCAGCAACUGGUGUUCAGUGCAGAGGCGGAGGUUCCCAGAAGCAGUGCGAUGAGACCGAAGCCGAGAGAUACCGCAGAGAUGAUGCCUGUGGCCUUAUGGCAACUGCCGCUGGUCCUUUCAGUGCUUGUCAUGGUUGGGUGAAUCCUCAGCCCCAUGUGAUUAACUGUGAAUUUGACAUGUGUAUUAUGGAUGGAGAUAGAGCCAUGCUAUGUCAAAAUCUUCAGGCUUAUGCCAUUAUCUGCCAACAAGCAGGGAUACAAAUCAUGUCAUGGAGGAAUAUUUCAUUCUGCCCGGCCGAUUGUCCAGCUAACAGUCACUAUGUACAGUGUUCUAAUAACUGUGCCAACACCUGUGCCAAGCCUUAG